UGGAAGAAUAGAGGCUUGAUUACAGAUCUUAGUCAAAAAAAAAAAAAAAACCUCAUCCACUUGCAUUGUAAAUGCACAAAAUUGACAGUGAUACUCAUCACAAGAACUAAGAUUCACCACAUUUUUAAGGUGGAAAGGACACCACCCCCUGAUAGCAUGGGCAUGCUGGUAAAUUAGCUACUGGGAAAACAGAAUAUAAAGACCCAUGUCACCAACACAUCACCACCUUGGUUUCAUAUUCCUCAAGUCUUGUUCCAUGGAAGAAGAUGAUGAGAGAGAACUAGAGUUACUACUCCCUGCAUCCUCCUUAGCUCAUGUUACCUGCAGGGCACCGAAGUCUGCAGUGAUAACCGAGCCUGCUGACCAUCCAUCACUUGACCUGAGCUUGUCGAUGAGUGUUGGACCAUGGAGGCCACCUUCAAAUGAGGAUGCUAAGAGCAACAUGAGAAAUGUGCAAGCACUGAAGCAACAAACUGCGGAACAGAUCCGACUUGCUGCUGUAGAGAAGGCUUAUGCCGAGCGAGUGAGGGAGCUGACGAGGAGGGAGCUGGAGCUGGCGGAGAAAGAGUUUGCACGAGCUAGGAUGGUGUGGGAGCGAGCUCGAGAAGAGGUGGAGAGGGUGGAGAGGAUGAAAGAUAUGGCCACCAGAAGAAUCAAUUCCACUUGCAUGGAGAUCACCUGCCAGGCUUGUCGGCAACGGUUUCGACCAUAGUAGGACACUCCUAUAAGAUUUCUGCUUCAGGCUUUUUUCUUAGUUCCUGGUUUGCGAUCAUGAUCUCAUUAUUUUUCCAUUUUAACUCUUCCAAGUCCACAUCCCAAAGAGGAAGGCUACGGACAAGUUGUAUAAAAGAAAAAGAUAUCCUCCUCUCCCAUCCCUAUUUCUUCACCACUUCUUCCCAUUUUCAACAACAAGCCAAACAGCUCGAUCUACAUUCAAAUUAGUAAAUUGCCAGAUGGUGGAAAAAGCUGGAUGUUUCAAUGUAGGAACUGCAAUAACUAAAUUUGGUCAACCUAUCUGGUGUUGAUAUUUAUUCUUGAAUAUCUGAUGUAAUCCAUGAAGAAGCAGUCAUCUUUGCCAGAAAAAUGUGACAAGAGGGCAGAAAUAUCUGCAUGUUCAUCACCUGUAAAGAUCCCUGGUAUUCCUGCUAAAUUAGAUGCCAAGGAGACAGUUUAGAGCACA